CGGCGGUGCGCAGCCGGCCUCGCCAUGACGGCGGAGGAGAAGCAGAGCCUGCGGUGCUUCAGGCGGUACAUCGAGAGGAUCCUGAACCCCGUGCACAUCCUCGGCAACAUGACGGACUGGCUGUCCGACGAGGUGAAGGAGAGGGUCCGAAAGGAGGAGGAGAAGGGGGUGACGGCGGCCGCCGCGCUGUUCCUGGAUGCCGUGCUGCUGCUGGAGGCGGAGGGCUGGCUGCGGGGCUUCGUGGAUGCCCUGGUGGCAGCAGGUUACACUGGACUGGCAGAAGCAAUUGAAAACUGGGACUUCAGCAAACUGGAAAAACUGGAGCUGCACAGGCAGCUGUUGAAGCGGAUAGAAGCAGCAAUGCUAGAAAUUGAUCCUGUAGCAAUCAUGCCAUACAUAAACACAUGCCUGAUAGACAGGGAGUGUGAUGAGAUCCUGCAGAUCAGUGAAUACAGAAGCAAAGCAGCCGGGAUAACUAAACUCAUUGAAUGCCUCUGUCGCUCAGAUAAGGAAAACUGGCCCAAAAGUCUUCAGCUGGCAUUGGAUAAUGCAGGAUAUUACAAUGCAAGUGUACUGUGGAAUAUAAGAGAAGAUAAUGGCAAAGAUGUGGAUAGUGAAAUGACAGAUGCCUCUGAGAAUUACUUUGAAACCAUGGUGACUUUUUCUGAAGAAGCAGAAUGUGAUAAUCUCAGCAAAAAUCUCUCUUCGGUUUCAGAAAGUGUCUAUGCAUCUCCAUCUGUUUAUGAACCAAAGAAGGCUCGGAGCUACCAGAUUGAGCUUGCACAGCCUGCUACUGAUGGGAAAAACACAUUGAUUUGUGCCCCCACAGGAUCUGGAAAAACUUUUGUGGCACUUAUGAUUUGUGAACAUCAUUUGCAAAACAUUCCAUCAGGACGAAAGGCAAAAGUUGUCUUCCUUGCAACCAAAGUGCCAGUGUAUGAGCAACAGAAAACUAUAUUCAGGCAGCAUUUUGAAAGAAGUGGAUACUCUGUUCAAGGAAUUUGUGGUGAAACAGUUGCAAAUAUCUCUGUAGAAAAUAUUAUACAGGACAGUGACAUCAUUGUGAUAACACCCCAGAUUCUUGUGAAUAGCAUGGAGAAAGGGAUCCUUAGCUCCCUCUCCAUCUUCACUCUGAUCAUAUUUGAUGAGUGCCACAACACUACAGGCAACCACCCUUACAAUGUGUUGAUGACCAGGUACCUGGAUGAAAAAUUUGACUCCUCUGCAAACCAGCUGCCUCAGAUUGUAGGUUUAACUGCUUCUAUUGGAGUUGGUAAUGCCAAGAGCACUAAUGAAACUGUAGAGCACAUCUGUACCCUCUGCUCCUACCUUGACAUACAGACAAUAUCCACUGUCAGAGUGAACAAACAAGAUCUGCAGAGGUUUGGAACCAAGCCAGAAACACAUAUCAGAUGGGUUAAAAUGCGAGCUCAGAAUCAUUUUGCAGACAUUAUCUCAGGUCUGAUGUCUGAGACGGAGGUGUUGAUGAGGAAGAUUUAUUCAGUGGAUACCAUCUCCCAAAUCAACAAGAAUUACUUUGGAACACAGAGAUAUGAACAAUGGAUAGUUUCCACUCAGAAGAAAUGCAGACUGUUGCAACUGGAAGAUAGGGAGAAGGAGAGCAGUAUUUGUAGAGAACUUUUCAUUUGUACUGAACACUUGCGGAAAUUCAAUGAUGCUCUCAUUAUCAGUGAAGAUGCCCGCAUUGAAGAUGCUUUAGCCUACCUAAAAGAAUUUUUCACAAAUGUGAAAAAUGGACCAUAUACAGAGUUAGAGAAGCAGCUGACGGAGAAAUUUCAAGAGAAAGAGCUAGAGCUCACUGCUCUUUCAAAAGAUGAGUCAAAUGAGAAUCCAAAGUUGGAAGAGCUCACUUGCAUCCUGGACGAAGCAUACCACUAUAACCCAGAGACUCGCACUAUUCUCUUUGCCAAGACAAGAGCCUUAGUAGCUGCUUUGAAGAAGUGGAUAGAAACAAACCCUGUACUUAGCCACAUAAAGACAGAUGUGUUGAUGGGUAAGGGAAGAAGAGAUCAUAAAACAGGUAUGACCCUGCCAAUGCAGAGGGAUGUACUGGAUGCAUUCAGAAAUGAUAAAAACAUCAGACUGCUGAUUGCUACAUCUGUUGCUGACGAAGGCAUUGAUAUUACUGAGUGCAACCUUGUGGUGCUCUAUGAAUACUUCGGUAAUGUCACCAAAAUGAUCCAAGUCAGAGGUCGUGGAAGGGCAAGAGACAGCAAGUGCAUCCUUGUGACAAGCAAAACAGAAGUGGUUGAGAAUGAAAAACUAAACAGUUACAAGGAAGAAAUGAUGAAUGCAGCUAUUGAAAAUCUACAGAACUGGGAUGAAACAACGUUUGCAAGAAAGAUACAUGGCCUUCAAAUGAAGGAAAAGAUACUACGAGAUUCCAGGAAGAAAGAAACAAAACAGAAAGUAGUGGAAGGGAAGAAAAAUCUCUUGUGCGGAAAAUGCAAAGCAUAUGUCUGCAGUACAGACGACAUCAGAGUCAUACAGGAAUCUCAUCACGCUGUCCUUGGUGAUGCGUUCAAGGAGCGUUAUAUAACAAAGCCCCACCAGAAACCAGUUCGGUAUGAUGGUUUUGAGAAAAAAAGCAAGAUGCAUUGCCGCAAUACUGAAUGCCAGCAUGACUGGGGGAUCACAGUGAAGUACAAGACAUUUGAUAAUCUACCAGUGAUCAAAAUCAAAAGCUUUGUACUAGAGGAUGUUGAAACUGGGACACAAAUGGAUUUUCAGAAAUGGAAAGACAUUAAUUUUUCUUUGAAGAAUUUUGAUGAAGAAGCAUCCAACUGAAUUCAACAUUUUAAUUUGAGAUAUUGUUCUAGUGCACUAUGCUGAAAUAGCAGGUGGUCAAUUUUCUAAAAAAACUUUCAUUCUUUCUGCUAGGCCCCUCACCUGCAUCUGGCUAGAUUGUAAAAGGCUGGUAAAGCCACUGAAAAACAGUAUUUGCUAUAUAAUGAGAUACUUAACCUGAAGUUUCACUAGAAGGACAAAUACAUGUCUAGGUGUCUAGAUCCAAAUCAUUAUGGCUAUGACUAACCUGGUCUGAAAAAAAAUAAGAUCAAGUAGAAUGACUGACUAAAUAUCCAACUUUAGGUGACAGGCUAUACUUUCAAGAACUGAGGUGCAAAUCAGCAUCUUUUUGCUGCUACUAAUGUGUUGUUGGACUGCACAUCCUUGCAAACAACACGGCUUACUAGCACUUCAGGCACUACUCUAGAUACUUUUGAAACUUAAAAAAGUUACUUUUAAUGUUCUAGAUGUAGAUAUAUAAAAUUGAAAGAAAAAUGCCCAGUAGCUUUACUGUAAGGAAGACACUACAUCUCUUGAAUCUAUCUUUAAUAAGAAAUGCUUCUGCAACAGUAAGAAAUGCAGCAGGGCAGAGCCCUCUUGGGGAUUAAAAUGGUAACAUUUUUUCAUAUCACUGCACCUUGAUCGAGUUGCAGUUGGUCAAGUUGCAACACCCUCCUGUGCUGCUGAGCUGAACAAGCCCUAAUAGAGACAAGACAGUGCCCUGGAUCAUGGGUGGAGGUUCAGUUUUGAUGGGGAUUAGGACUCACCUGGAUAACCUGUUUUAUGGACUACCCAGAUCCCAGACUUCUCUAAGAAAAACAGAAAUCUCUACAGAGUUAUGAAAUGCUAUACUUGUACGGUCUAAAGCACGUGAUGAUCCUAUACAUUUUCAAGCUUAGUAUUCAUUAUUUCUAGAACCAAAACCAAAUUCAUUUUAAGUUCACUUUGUGUAUUUGACAAUGUGGUAUGGUGUGUAUGUGCAAGAAUUAUGUUACAAAACACUGGAACUAAUUAAAAAAAAAGAACAAAAAACAAAAUGCAAUCCUGCCUCCCUUUUUUUAAGAGUUAAAAAAUUAUCCUAAAUUUAUGAGUUCAAAAAAGUUUAAAUUUUUGCCUAAAUCCUACUCAGUGAGACUUGUGUUCUUGUAAAGUGUUGCAUUAAAAGCAAAAUAACUUUAUAAGCACUGCUUCAUGUUCCAUCCCAGUCCGUGGCUUUUACUGUGAAAGCUGUAUGCACUGUAUGGGAAGGCUGGAUCUCAGUCCUACAGUAACUUCCUCUGUACUUAGUUU